AUGCACUCUGGUCAUGCUUUUAGCCUAUCAGUAUGUCGUGCUCUCCAGGAGUGGUUCGAGGUGGAUGAUCUCUGCCGCAUCACCUUCAUUUAUGUUCCAUCCGCCCUUCGGUGGGACAUUCAUGGUGAGGCACACAAGUACGUCACCGAACUUAAAGUCGGGGUUGGAUGUUGCAAAAUGGACAACUCUAUAGACACGCUGCACUCUCAAGCUGCGCACUCAGUCCUGGACUCGUGGAGUUCCACUUUCCAGGAUCUGACCUACCGAGGCUCUGAAUUUUUAGAGCUUCAAUGGCCUGAUGGGCGGCCGAUGCAGCCAUUGUACCUCAAUGGGGGACCUUGGCUUUCAACCUUUGAACACAGUAUUACUGAGUUCGCUUGCGUCUGCUGGUGUAUAACUGGCCACGUGCCCAUUGGAGCGUACUACCGUCACUUCAAGAUCAAUGAGCCUCAUGGCUGCACUUGUGGGGCUGCAUUGCAGUCCCGCCAGCACAUCCUCUUUCGCUGCCGCAAUAGAUAUUCUGUACACUAUCCCUAUUUUCCCAGGGAUAUUGCAUUGUUUUUGAAGCACAACCCUAUGGUGUUUGGCUUCAACCGGGACCCUUUGGGUGUCGGGUAA